AUGCCUUACAGACAGACGAAGACAGGGGUUUGCUUGCUACAAGAUGGUAAUCAAGAACCUUUUAAAGUCCGACUACACCUUGCCAGAGACCUGCUGAUGCUACAGGAGCAGGAUGUGCUGUGUGUGUCUGGUGAGCCUUUCUAUUCUGGUGAAAGAACAGUGACCAUCAGAAGACAGACAGUAGGAGGAUUCGGAUUAAGCAUAAAGGGAGGUGCAGAACAUAACAUCCCAGUUGUCAUUUCCAAAAUCUCCAAGGAGCAAAGAGCGGAGCUAUCGGGACUGCUUUUCAUUGGGGAUGCAAUCCUACAGAUCAAUGGAAUUAAUGUGAGGAAAUGCAGACAUGAAGAAGUGGUUCAGGUUCUUCGGAAUGCUGGGGAGGAAGUAACUCUGACAGUGUCAUUUUUAAAAAGAGCACCCGCUUUCCUCAAACUUCCACUUAAUGAAGACUGUGCAUGUGCUCCGAGUGACCAAAGCAGUGGUACCUCCUCUCCUCUUUGUGACAGUGGCUUACACCUCAACUACCAUCCAAACAACACAGACACCCUUUCCUGCUCUUCCUGGCCCACAUCUCCAGGCCUGCGGUGGGAGAAGCGGUGGUGUGACCUCAGGCUCAUUCCCCUCCUCCAUGCCCGCUUCUCCCAGUAUGUUCCCGGGACGGACCUGAGUCGGCAGAACGCUUUUCAAGUUGUUGCUGUGGAUGGAGUCUGCAGUGGAAUUCUUCAGUGCCUCUCUGCUGAAGACUGCAUGGAUUGGCUCCAAGCAAUAGCAGCUAACAUUUCAAAUCUCACAAAGCACAAUAUCAAAAAAAUCAACAGAAAUUUUCCUGUAAACCAGCAGAUAGUCUACAUGGGCUGGUGUGAAGCACGGGAGCAGGAAUCCCUCCAGGACCGUGGGUACACACCCGUGUUUCUUGCUCUGAGAGGCUCCUGCCUUUACAGGUUCCUGUCACCUCCAGUGACCACCUGGGACUGGACUCGAGCAGAAAAAACCUUCUCCGUGUGUGAGAUUAUGUGCAAGGUUCUCAAGGACAGUGACCUGCUGGAUCGGCGGAAACAUUGCUUCACUAUGCAGUCUGAGUGUGGGGAGGACCUCUACUUCUCUGUGGAGUUAGAGAGUGACCUUGCCCAAUGGGAACGAGCCUUCCAAACAGCCACCUUCCUUGAAGUGGAGCGCAUACAGUGCAAGACCUAUGCAUGUGUGUUGGAGAGUCACCUAAUGGGCCUCACUAUUGACUUCAGCACAGGCUUUAUCUGCUUUGAUGCAGCAACAAAGGCUGUACUUUGGAGGUAUAAAUUUUCUCAGCUUAAAGGCUCAUCAGAUGACGGCAAAAGCAAAAUCAAAUUUUUGUUUCAGAAUCCAGAUACGAAACAGAUUGAAGCAAAGGAGCUGGAAUUUUCAAAUUUAUUUGCUGUUCUUCACUGUAUUCAUUCAUUUUUUGCUGCCAAAGUAGCUUGUUUGGACCCCCUGUUUUUAGGUAACCAGGCUGCUACUUCUGCUGCUGUCAGCUCUGCUUCUACAAGCAAGGCAAAGCACAUGGCUUGA